GAACAGAUUGCAAAUUCUGCUCCAGCAGAGGGAAAUAAGGUUUCCUCAAUGGCCUCACUAGCAGCAUCCAUCAACCAGUUUGCCCUGGAGUUUAGCAAAAAACUUGCUGAAUCUGCUGAGGGUAAGAACAUCUUCUUUUCUCCCUGGAGCAUCUCAACUUCUUUAGCCAUGGUGUAUUUGGGCACCAAAGGUACCACUGCAGUCCAGAUGGCCCAGGCGCUUCAAUUUAACAGAGGGCUGGACUUCACAUCUGGUCCUGAUAGUGAAAAGAAAAGGAAAAUGGAAAUCAACUCAGGCAAGGUUGAAGAAAUACUCUCCAAUUUCCAGAGCCUUACUGGAGAAAUUCUGAUGCCUGCAAGUUCCUAUAUACUUAAAACUGCCAAUAGGCUAUAUGGAGAGAAAACAUAUCCAUUUCAUAAUAAAUAUUUAGAGGAUGUGGAAACAUAUUUUGGUGCAAAGCUACAGUCUGUUAACUUUACAGAAGCUCCUGACCAGAUCAGGAUGGAGAUCAACUCUUGGGUGGAAAGCCAGACUGAGGGUAAAAUUCCAAAUCUCCUACCUGAUGAUGCUGUGGACUCCAAGACCAGGAUGGUUCUGGUGAACGCCCUUUACUUUAAAGGAACUUGGGAACAUCAGUUCUUAGUGCAAAACACCACAGAGAGGCCUUUCAGAAUAAACAAGACUACAAGCAAACCAGUACAAAUGAUGUCAAUGAAAGAAAAACUUCAAAUCUUCCACAUUGAGGAGCUGCAGACAAUAGGCCUUCAACUCUACUAUCAGAACCGUGACCUCAGCCUGCUUAUAUUGCUGCCAGAAGAUGUUGAGGGCCUGGAACAGCUGGAAAAAGCCAUCACUUAUGAGAAGCUGAAUGAAUGGACCCGUGAAGACAUGAUGGACUUGUUUGAAGUACAGCUUUAUCUCCCCAAGUUCAAACUGAAGGAGAGUUAUGAUCUCAAGACAACCCUAAGCAGUAUGGGCAUGACUGAUGCCUUUAUCCAAAACAAAGCUGAUUUCUCAAACAUGUCUUUGGGGAGAAACCUGUAUCUGUCCAAUGUUUUCCACAAGGCUUUUGUGGAAAUAAAUGAGGAGGGCACAGAGGCUGCAGCUGCCACUGGGAGCGAGGUCGGUUUUCGAAUUAAGGUCCCUUCCAUUGAAUUCAAUGUAGAUCACCCAUUUCUUUUCUUUAUCAGGCACAACAAAACUAAUAGCUUCCUCUUUUAUGGAAGAUUCUGCUCUCCUUAGGCUCUGUGUCUCUGAUUUUGCACCACCAUCUGACAGUAUAAAAAAUAUAACAUGAGACGAAAAAGCACAGUUAUCACAAAAUAAGUCUGUAGCUUACACAUUUUUUCACUUGUGAAUAGUAAUAAAUAGGUCUUAAGAUAAUUCAUUCUGGUGACCCUGUAAGGUCUAUAUAGAGACAAUAACAUCAAAAAAUUAUUUCCAUAUUCUCAGGAUUUGUCUUAAUGUAACUUUUUUUUAUGUUAUAAAAAUGC